UAGCAGCAGCUGGAACUGUUUCCUGAGCUCAAAGGUCCUCCCUCUGCUUCACUCGGAUAUUGCGUCGCCUACAGAGGCUUUCCUGCUUCUCCGUGUCGGACCGGACCGGACUGGACAGGACCACGAGAAAAAGUUCGUGGGCGUGUCCGGUCUCGCGGCGGGUUUCUGGGAACCAUGAAAGCCUCGCGCCCGGAGGCGAUGCGGAUGUGGGUGAAGUUCCUCUGUGCCUCAGGUCUCCUGCUGCUCUCCGCUCUCUACCUCCUCGGUUCAGUCAGAGACACCGCCAAGAAGAAGCCACUUCCUGCGGAGGAGUACCGCCUCAUCUCCCCGCUCACCUACCGCUACCUCCUGAACCAGCCGCAGGUGUGCCAGGGCAGAAGUCCCUUUCUGGUCUUCCUGGUUCCGGUCGCUCCUCAGGAGGCGGAAGCCAGGCAGGCCGUGAGGAGGACAUGGGGGGCUCCAGGUAGGGACUCUCUCACCCUUUUCUUCUCGGGGCUGCCAAAAGGGGCGCUGCUGUCACCCCUUCAGAGGGUCCUGGAGAAGGAAAGUCAGCAGCAUGGAGACAUCAUCCAGAUGGACUUCUUGGAUAGUUACCAGAACCUGACGAUAAAGACGAUGAUGAUGAUGAAGUGGCUGGCGGACCACUGCCCCAACUCCUUCUAUGCCAUGAAGGUGGACUCUGACAUUUUCGUCAAUGUGUUUUACCUCAUCCAACGCCUCAGGAGCUCCCCCAGGGUGGGCUUCAUCACCGGGUCGGUGAUCUGGGAUGGCAGCCCAAGGAGGGACCCCAGCAGCAAGUGGUAUUUAUCUAAGGAGCUGUACCUCGAAGACGACUUCCCGCCUUACGUGUCUGGAGCUGGCUACGUGUUUUCCACAGACCUGGCUGCCAAGAUCUCCUGGGCCUCCAGGUUUGUGCGGGUCAUUCCUCUGGAGGACGUCUACGUGGGCUUGUGUCUGCGCGUGCUGGGGGUCCGGCCAGUGUACUCCUACAGUCUGCCACGCUUCAGAAAUCUUUUUGAGGUGCGAAAGCUGGAGUAUGACAGGUGCACCUUUGCCGAACUCAUCAUUGUGAACAAGUUUAAGCCAGCAGAGCUGCUGCGAAUGUGGCAGGACUUUUCUGAAGGCCAGGCUGACUGCUGACCGCCUGCACUGGAACCAACUAAUAGCUGGCUGGAAAGGAUAAAAGCCAUAAAAAAUUCUGAUAUUCAUUUAAAUGUGUUGACAGGGGUAUUUAAUGUGUUUGAAAUAGAAUAAGGAAUGAUGAGGUGAACAAAAGCCAUUUAAAAUGAAUCCACUCCCAAGUUCUGGGGCUUGAAUUGCAACUUUUCUCAGUGUGACUCAUUGUGUGACCGGUAAGUCAGCGUGCCUUCCUCCCGUUGCAGGUGUGUUUAUUUUACAGCAAAGACUGGAACAAAGAUUCCUUAUGGAGAUGACCUACUACCUGUUGCAUUACCUCCUGAUGAGGUGUGUGCCUUUUGUCUGGGUAUGAUCCUGUGUUUAAGUGCCUGAGUGACGGAUUGCAGUCGGGUUCUGGGCCUCAUGGCAGAAUAUGUUCAAAUAGUUUCCUUUAUCAUCCAAUUGUUCUCUGAAUUUAUUUGUCUUUGGUGUUUUUGUUCUCUAGUUAUGUGUUGUGACUGAAUCCUUUCAGUGACUGUAACACAAACCAACAGAUUAGGACUAUUUACCUGAGCCAUACAGACACAUGUUUUCACAGCUGACUGAAGAACAUAGGAAAAUGACUUCAUCACAGUGAAGCGUACUCUUUCUUGGUGGGUAGAAAUAGACACACAGUUGCCAAACAAACAAAAAGUGAAAAGGAUUAAAAAAUAGCAGAUGGAGUGUAAAGACCAACACUCAUUUCACACAGAGCUGAUCAAUAUGUAGAAACAUAGUUAUCAUCACAGUGUGUACAGUACUGCAAAAACAAAACACUGCUCUGAUGCAAUACUUCGGAGAAGUGUGAUGUGUUCUCUCUUUGAAUGCACACACCACAUCAGGCUCAAGGGGAAGAAAUUGUGUGUGUGACGGUGAAGAAAGAAAAGUGACCUGAGAGUUAAGACAAGCUUAGACCUGCUGCUGGUGUAAAGUAGAGCUGCUCAGUUUAGAAACUUGCAGUCACUAUCUCAGUGUUUGCUGCUUGGAUGCAAUAUGUGAUGACAUAUAUUUUUGGUGGAAUAAAAUUCUCCUUUUCAAUAAUAUAUUAGGUCAGUUUGAUGGUCUUUCAUUGUGUUUCAUUAACACACAUGAUGCUAAAGCUCAAGGAGAACAAUAAGGACUUUGUGAUGAUGCAAAAACUAAGAAAUGGGUGAAGAAAAUAUAGCUUAAUAACAGGCAUACUUAUUAUGGCAACAGAAAUAUCUCUGCUUCCUGCGAUUUGAAUCCUUUAGGAGCUGUCCCUCCCCAACCAGUUGCUGCCCUAUGUUAGUAAGCAGUAAAAUAUAUUUUUAAACAACAAAAACAAAUGUGACUCUCUGAAAAUAUUAAAACAAUUAGGCCAUGAUAAACAUUUAUAUUUUUAUAUUUAUAUUUUGCCCCACAGAUUUUGUCUUUCUUGAAGCAGAGCUGAUAAACAUUAUUAUUCUUGCAUGAGGCCCAGCAUAUUAAAACAAUCUGAGAAAUUCUAUCUGUCUGAAUAUUUCAACAUACCUGCUGUAAUAUGAGGUUUGGUGCCUGCGUUUGCAUUUACUGAAUAUUCAGAUGCUGUACUCAGAGGUCUAUAAAAACAACCAGCAGGUGGCGGUGUAAUACAAAUGAUAAAAUGGAGAUUGCUGAUUCAUAUCAUUUGUUGACCUGCAAGUUAUGCCUUAGAUAGUUUAAUGAAAAGAAAAUCUGUAUUGUUAUUGUGUGUAUGUGUGCUGUAAACCAAACUGCUUCAUGACUUUAUACCUCAGUAUUUUCAGCAGCUCUCAUUCAGUUUCUUAAUGAAGGAACAUCGUCAUCUGUGAUUGGCUGCUGUUCUGCUCUGACCAGGAGGUCUGCUGAUAAGUGUUGUUUCCUAACUCACCAAAUAAAUGCCUCAGGAACAUUUUAAAAACAGUUUUCUUCAAGUUUCUGCCUUGGCAGAGUAAAGUUGUGCCUGGUUGAUAAAUACAAGUGUAAAUAAAUGGAACUGUGCAUAA